AUGGCUGGUAGAAAUGAUCAUGCAAUUGUUGAUGCUUUAGAUUCAGUGGCUCAGGCGUUGCAGGGUCAGCUGAAUCAUCAAGGUGAUGUUGAUGAGUUUCGUGGGCUAGACAAAUUUCAGAGAAACAGGCCACCGAUUUUUAAGGGCAUAUAUGAAUUAGAGGGUGCGCAUGCAUGGCUCAGAGAGAUUGAGAAGAUUUCUCGAGUGAUGGCAUGCACUGAAGUUCAGAAGAUGCAGUUCGGUAUUCAUAUGUUGUUAGAGGAGGCUGAAGACUGGUGGAAUAAUAUGCGUCAAAUACUAGAGGCUUUUGGGUCGAAGUGCAUCAAAUUUGAAAGCGGACUGCAUUCUGAUUUCAAGCAAGGUAUUUGUUAUCAGGAGAUUCGUCGAUUUCAUAUGCUGGUGAAUAAGUGUAGAAUAUACGAUGAGGAUAACAGGGAUCGUUCUACUCAGUAUAAGAGUCUUUAUAAGAGGAAAGGAAAGAAUCAGUACCAUGGGAACCCGUAUAGUGCUCCAGCUCAUAAAGGGAAGUAG